AUGUUGAAGCUUUUGGUUAAUAGAGCAGCUAAUGUUUCAACUUCUCGCAAUCACAAUGGCUUUGCCGCAUUCAGUUUGUCUAGGUGUGUUCAUUCACUACAAUUUGCGACUGUAGAUGCAGAAGAGGUAUCAGGUUCUAGGCCUGCUGAAGUUUUGAACCUGGUGCAAGGUAAAUGGGUAGGAUCUUCAAAUUCGAAUACAGUUGUGGAUCCGUUAAAUGGAGACUCAUUUAUUCAAGUUGCUGAAGUUGACGAAACAGGCAUUCAGCCCUUUGUGGAAAGCUUGUCCAGCUGUCCCAAACAUGGUGUACACAAUCCUUUUAAGGCACCAGAGAGAUAUCUUAUGUAUGGAGACAUAUCUACUAAGGCAGCUCACAUGCUAUCACUUCCUAAGGUUUCAGAUUUCUUUACAAGGUUAAUACAAAGAGUUUCUCCAAAGAGUUACCAGCAGGCUUUUGGAGAAGUCUAUGUGACACAAAAGUUUCUAGAGAAUUUUUGCGGGGAUCAGGUUCGUUUCUUAGCAAGAUCAUUUGCAGUACCCGGAAAUCAUCUUGGACAACAAAGUCAUGGUUUUCGUUGGCCCUAUGGUCCUGUGGCAAUUAUUACUCCUUUUAAUUUUCCCUUAGAGAUUCCUGUUCUUCAAUUGAUGGGUGCACUCUAUAUGGGCAACAAACCAGUCCUUAAAGUUGAUAGCAAGGUGAGCAUUGUCAUGGAACAAAUGUUACGUCUGCUUCACACCUGUGGCUUACCUGUUGAAGAUGUAGACUUCAUAAAUUCUGACGGGAAGACAAUGAACAAACUGUUACUGGAGAUGAUAUUGGAUCAUGAAGUAGUAUUGAAUUUACAGGCAAAUCCACGAAUGACCCUUUUUACUGGUAGUUCAAGAGUGGCUGAGAAGUUAGCCCUUGAUUUGAAGGGCCGUGUUAAAUUGGAAGAUGCUGGAUUUGACUGGAAAAUACUGGGUCCUGAUGUCCAUCAGGAAGAUUACACUGCGUGGGUGUGUGAUCAAGAUGCAUAUGCAUGCAGUGGUCAGAAAUGCUCUGCCCAAUCAUUAUUAUUUAUGCACGAGAACUGGUCUAAAACUUCCUUGCUAUCGAAGUUAAAAGAUCUUGCUGAAAGAAGAAAGUUGACAGACUUGACAAUUGGCCCAGUCCUCACAGUUACGACUGAUUCUAUGCUUGAACAUGUCAAUAAGUUGCUUGAGAUACCAGGAUCAAAGCUGCUCUUCGGAGGUCGACCUUUGGAGGAUCAUUCAAUUCCGUCUAUUUAUGGUGCUAUUAAACCAACAGCUGUUUAUGUUCCUCUUGAGGAAAUUAUGAAGGAUAACAAUUUUGAACUUGUGACAAAAGAAAUAUUCGGACCCUUCCAGGUAUGGGAAGGGAGAAUUAUUACCGAUUACAAAAAUAGUCAACUAUCAGUUGUAUUGGAUGCUUUGGAAAGAAUGCAUAACCAUUUGACAGCUGCUGUAGUUUCGAAUGAUCCUUUAUUUGUGCAGGAAGUCAUUGGCAAGACGGUAAAUGGUACUACUUAUGCUGGUUUAAGAGCAAGGACAACCGGAGCUCCACAGAAUCAUUGGUUUGGACCCGCCGGUGAUCCUAGAGGUGCAGGAAUUGGUACUCCAGAGGCCAUAAAACUUAAUAUCCUUCGAAUUGCGCCUGUGCCUGUAUCAGAGAAACAGCUUCUUUGUAUAUGCAAGGGUAACACAGUGUACAAUGACCCUUUCCCGUAUCUUGCGCGGAGCCUUUGGCGCUGGAAUUUUGGUUACCGUCACAUGACACUGCAGUUGCUAAUCACAAUUUCUGAUCCAUGUGUAGCUUUGACAUCAACAGUUGCUUCAGUAGCCAAUAUGCUGAAUCUUGCAAUUUCAACCAUGACUUUGUUAGAGGUAAUCAAGGAUGCUUCAAUCAAUUCAAAACCGCUUGAUUUACCUUUGGAUUACCCAAUUGUUCUGAACCCAGAUAGUAUCUUACCCAAUUUAAAGCCAAAAGAUAUAGAUGAAUCUUCUUCAUCACUCAUAAAGCCCCUUAUCGGAUGGAAUGUUCCGCCAACUGAUGCUGAGAUCACUGACAUUAACAAAAAGUUCUUUACACAGCUGAAUGCUAAGUUCAUGAACACUAAUAAUUUGGAUAAGGGUGAGUUUAUUAGUAGUUUGAAGUCUUAUCUAGAAAACAUCAGGGACAAAGUAGGGGUUGUGAUUGAGGUCGAUACGUCCAGUAGUGAUUAUAACAGGAUUUUGAUUGAUAAGCUUGGAACAUUCGUGGGUAAAGAUGUUGCUGGCCUGGUAUUGAAUGGGUGUGUAUCUUUGGAGAUUUGGGACGUGAUUGAGGCUUUGAUUGUUAAUGUUACUAUUGAGCAUUCUUGCUAUUCAAACCUGAUUACCAAAUUAGUGGAAAAAAGAGAUGCUUAUGACAGUAUGGUAACUGUGAAGCUGGAGUGGGAGAGCCAAGCAGUGUUAGCCAUUGAGACAGCAAGUGAUAGCAAGCUGAAGACGAAGAAAUUGGUUAUGGCAAAGGAGGCUUCCAUUUUGCUUAUGAUGGCAUAUGAUGGUUUCUCUGCGUCUGAGACUUGUUUGCAUUAUCUGAUUGCUUCAUCCAACAUCAAUGACGUGGUGCUAUCCCCUUCAUUCGGUAAGUUGAAUGGAAAAGAAUUACUAAAUUUGAUUCGCUAUUUAGCCAAAUGGUUGAAGAAAUACCAGAGGUUUCCACAAGCACGACCAUGUCCGAGAGCCUCGUCGGUUUUGAAUUUGAAGGCUUGCGAUUGGGUUCCUAAACUCGAAGAUGUUAUAAAAUAUCUUGGCUUGGUGCUUGAUGAGAAAUUUUCGUCAUUGGUGUUACAUCCAUUGUUUCACGAGGAGCUGAGAUCAAUUGAAGAAAUGGUUAGUUGUUUAACUUCUGAAGCCAAAUUUUGUAACUUAAUGGCUGAUGUAAUCGACAUACUAAAGAUCGAUCGUGAAAAUUUGUAA